UAAAAAUGUACGACUUACUUACCCUAACUUCAAUGGCAACGUCCUUGACAAUUAUAUUGUAUUCACUUAUGUCCUGUGGAGGACGAACACCCAAAAGCGAGUCAAGCCAUCCAGGGGACCACGGCGAGCCUCAUACAUCCUCAAGUGAAUCAGGAAAGACAAGACCUCAUAGAAAUGAGGAAAAGCAUGAGAAGGCAAAAUUACCUACUUUGGAAAAGAAGGAACAUGAAGAUCAGAAAUUGCCUGGAGCAGUGCAGCAGCCACAUCCAGCUGUCGAUGAGGGUAAACAAGGAGGCGAUGACGGCUACGAGUCUUGUCCUGACAUGACCCCUACACAGCUGGCAAAAGUAUUGGCAGAGAUGAAGUGAACAUCUUGACUAACCAU